AUACAGCAGAUUGCGGUAAUCGUGCGUCGGGACGCUAUGGCACAAACCCGAUGCCGAAUGCAUUUAUGUACGAUAGGAGGUACCGUGUGCCAAUGCUAAGUAUAUCCCGAAAGCGUCUACGCGGCCGACGACGCGGUCCCGGUCAGUCUCUCGCGACCAGACGUUGCCGUCGGAAUAUCAGAAUACGCGUGAUAGCCCACACCCGUGAAAAUGUAGAUGUAGUUUCCCGUGUCAAUGACAUUUACUCGACCUCGUCUGUUCUCCGAAAUGAGCGAAAACUUUCCAGAACCCAGUACCAGUGCAAAAGAACCGUCAAAAAGAAAACAUGAAAAAGCCAAGUUACCCACCCCGCCUCCGGAUCCUACGGGAAAUAACGAUCCUGAAAAUAUUGCAGAGUAUAUUGAUUCCCUUAAACGAUCGACGGCUACGUAUGCUUCACUGGUGGCCACCGAACAGGCAUUUGAUCAUUAUUUAAACUUGUUUCAACUAAUAGGGCAAAUGCUGAACAUCAAAGAACAAAACGCAAAGCUACACAGGCGAAUCCGCGACCUAGAGCAGAUGAACAACCUAACCAAAUUGCAUAAGCAGUUGGAACAUGGAAUACACAAGGACUGUCCAGAGCUGGACAAGGACACAGCGUUCGCCGAAUCCAUACUGGAGGAUAUUCUUUUGGAAAUCAGGAAGGAACAGGAGCAAAACAAACACCAACGCUCACGACCUUCGCUUCUAUCCAGGCAGCGUAACCGCAGCGGAUCUGCGACCGACAAGUCCAUGAUGAACUUGGACCCGGAAAGGCAAUCCAAAGUGUCCAAGUGGACGAAGGUUAAGGCGGCGUUCAAAUGGGAAAAAGCUUCCACCAACAUUGAAGAAUCCAAGCCCCAAGAAGGUGACCUGACACCUGUUAACAAGGAGUUGGCGUGCUAUUUAAGAGUACCUUCCACCAGCGGUGAGGAUACCGGGCAUAGCCCCGUGGAUUCUGUCCUUGCAGAAAUGUCUACUCCUGGGUCGUUAUCAACUGCAUCUUCGAAUGAAGAUUUUAAUAAAAUGGGCCAUUCAGAAAGUUUCAAAAGUUCCGAAGAUGAACAUUCACAAAAUUACAUUCCACAAUCAAAAGAUUAUCCUAGUCAUAGCAAAACUCAUUCGAAGUUUCAUCGAACGCCAUGGGCCAAAAUGAAAGAUAUAAUCCAAACGAGAAACAGUUUUAAGAAAAAACACAGACUGAGCGCACAAAGUGACGACAUUCAAAUCGACGUCGAAUUGUGCAGCGAUACCGAAGACGUUUUUAUUGACGAUUCGAAUUCAAAAUCUUUGCAAUCGACGACACCCUCCCCCCGUAUGAAUGUUUACCGAAGAUGCAACUCAAGCGAAAUACCUAGCGAAAUAAUUGCCCGAUAUCACCAGGUCCUUGCUGAUGAAGAAAUGACUAAUGGAACCGAUGACGGAAAAAUAUCCAAAUGGAUCAGAGUCAAAAAAGCAUUUUUAUCUCCAGAAAUACGAAACCGAGUACGGACUAUUUCAGAAAAAGAAUUUCUGGAAGCAGCCGAAAAAGAAAUCCAAAAGAAUUACAAAGCGUUACAAAAUAAGAUAAGCAAAGAAUUUUAUGAAAAACGUAAUGGUUGGGAACGCAUGAAACAAUGUUCUCCUAGUACUUCGACCGCAAUGUCAUCCAGCACUUUGGAAGACUAUAACGAUCCAGUUUUUGUCAAGAAAAUGGAAGAAUGGAAAACAAUCAAAUCAAACUUGCAUAAAGGCGCCCAAAAACCCCAAACUCAAAUGGCCAGAGAAACCGAUUUGCCCCCAGAGUUCAAGAAAAAAUUGCAGGAAUGGGAAAGAAUAAAGAAACUUUCCGGCAAAGAAUCUUCCGGUCAAAAGAAAAAAAUUGGCGAGGUUCCUCGAUGGAAAUCGUUGAGCGGACCUCGUAGCGAAACCACUUUUGAACUGCCUCCCCUUUCGGAUGAUUUCAAAAAGAAAUUGGAAGAGUGGAGACACAUAAAAGCCACUGGAGGCAUGCUGUCUUCCGAAGCUUUUAAUAAAAAGCUUAAGGACAAGACACCAAGCCCAAAAUUAAGCAGGAAAAAUUCGUCACACAAACAUAGAAGAAAGUCGAAAGAUCCAUCAAAUGAAAUCCAUUACUUUGAAAAGGAGUGUUGCAAAACAGAAAAAGAUAAAUAUCAGAGGAUUCCUAAAUCCAGGAAAAUUAGCCCCAACAAGAAAGAAGUCCUUGUCCACACCCCUUCAGGCUUUUACAGAUUUGAAGGUAUCUCCAGAAAGUUUACCCAGAAACUUUACGAAUGGGAAAAGGCGCAAGGAAUCGGUCCGGAAUCAUCCACAGUUGCAUUAUUAACAUCCUUAAAUAAUAAUAAGAUUUAUGGAAAACGAAGUACCUCAAAUUCUCCAUCUUUGGUUCGAUCAAAAUCAGUGGAUAGCAUUGCUAAAUGUGCGAACAUUCUGACUUGCCCAACAAUAACCCAACAACCAUCCAGCUUAUCCCUAAACGAUGUUAAUGAAUUCGACCAAAAGUCUCUAGUAGAGUCAAAAUACUCCUCUAUGAACUAUUUAAACUAUCCUGAUGAUGACGCAGACGAACCAGAAGCAUUGAUAGUAGAAGUGGAAGAUUACGUGGAGGAAACAGCAUCUCCAUUGAAAACGUUUAUAAAAGAACAGAAACCAGUUUAUCAGAGAGAAAAAAUGAAAGCCAUGUGUGAAGGUGAGACUAUUGCUGCUCCUAAAGUAAGAAGAAGUGAAUCUAAAAGGGCCCAAGCUAAUUAUAAUAUUAUGGAAGAAAUAUUUAUUAUUUUGAGAAAUCUCCUGGAGCACGAAAAUGAAUUAAUGGCUACAAAGGAGGAUUACAACUAUUUAGAACAUAAUUUGAACUGUUUCAAAAUUAAAGAUAUAGUCGAUAAGGAACGAUUAUUAUCACGAAGGAUGAUUGAAAGAAUAAUUCGUCUUCAAGAAGCCAACGUAAUGGUUAUUUCUUCCAUUAAUAAAGAUGAGCCCACCUUAAGUACCAGUAAACUAUAUGAUGUUUUAGAAGCUGUCCAAGAUCUGUCGUCGGAAAUAUUACAAAUAACUGAACACUUUGAUAGAGAUGUAAAUGAAAGGACACAAAGUGGCAACUAUAAAAUGUUCUACAUAAAUUCCUUAGCAGAUAGUCUUUUGGAAAUACGAAAUAAAAUGAUCGAAUUAAGAAGACAUAUUAGUUACGUUUGUGCAGCAACAGAUUUAACAACGCCGAAUAAAAAAACUUCUGAUAUGAGUAAAACCAAAAUAUACAAAACCCUAUCAAGUGAAUCGAAAAGUUCAAGAUGUGAAACAAGCGAAAAUUCAAGAGAUAACAGCUUUAAAAAAUUUAAGGAAAAUAGAUUUCAAAAGUCGGAAACAUGUAAUAUCCAGAGUCUGGGUGCAGUGAAAAAAAGAAUAAAGUACAGACAAAAAAGCCUACAAAAUAAAAGCUUCCCGGAUACAGAUGAAGAAGAUGAUUCGAUGGAUGGAGAAAGAAAAAAUAAACCAAAGAAAAUCUGCAGGACCAAAUCAACGCCAGAAAUAAUGGGAAAAAACCAGGACUACGAUGGUUUUAUAAUGCCUGACAGAAAUUACUUUGAUGCCCCUGCGACAACUAGCUUUACGCAAUCUACAAAUAACAAUAACGUUUCAGCGGAAUCUCCUGUGACGGUUUUCGUAAAAACCACCAGAAAAUUAUUUACCCCCAUUGGAGUAACUAGUUUGUCUCUUCCCAGCCCAGAAGUUAAAACUGAUGAAAUCAAAGACGUAAGCAUGACUAAACCCCAAGGAGAUACCAUCACGCAUCUUCCACCACUGCCUUCAUCUCCAGGACCUCAAAGGAAACUUCUCAAGGACGUUUCUCCUAACAUCAGAUUAAUGCUUGCCAAAUACAAUCAAAAGUUAAGUGAGCACGAAGUGAUCAGCAACAAUUCGGGUGGGAGCAGCGGAUCAGCUUCGCCGAUUGCCUGGAGAUCUCCAACAGCGGAAAGAAGAGUUAAAUCCCAAACGGAAAAGUAUCAGGAAGGGUUGUGCAAACUGUCUCCAUUGUUGGGGGGAAGACGGGAAGUUCAGAAAUCUGCGAGUGUUGGUUUUAUAGGCAACAAACAAGUCACCAUGCAUUUAAGAAGGGACUCGGAAGAGAAGAACCUGCUUCAGCGAAGUACUUCAAGUAUAACAUCCAGCUUGGUGUCAGAAAAAUCACCCGAAAAACCUUCAACUAAAAUGAGGAAAAAUUUAACAUUAAACCUUAACAUUGAUCGUGAAGACAACAUUAGUCGACAUUCUCCUGAAAUACGAUUAAAGAAAUUACAAAAAGCCAAAGAGGAGUUUCUCAAAACAACUCCAAAUUCAGCUCCUACACAGAUUUCAAACGAGGAGUUUCUGAAAUAUCCGAUCAGAAAUCGUUUAAGUCAAAUUAGCGUUGACAGUGAAUCCAGCUACGAUUCGACGUAUCCAGGGGCUCUAAUAAAAUCCGUUAGUGCGGGCAUGAUAAACAUCGAUCCGGACGCGUAUAAACAAUUCGAUCCCGAAUACCAUGCAUCCGGCUACGUUUCUUUGCCCAGGUCAGGUAAAAAAACAAAAGAAGGUAUUCUGGGAGGAAAGUUUGCCUUCUCGAACAUCGCCUCCAAAUUUCGCAAAGUUAGGAUGCGCAAAGGCAAAGAUAAAAUGAACGCUGUUUCCACUUUGUGCAGACAAAGUUUAGUGGUAGACAUUAGUCCUUCUGAUGAAGUAAGUCGUCUUGUGCCCAGUACGGAAGCUUCUUCCACGGAUGUGUCCCCUUCCUCUUCAAGAUCAGGCAGUUGGAUUAAGAAACCAAAAUUAUUUAGGAGAUAACCAUUACUAACUUAAACGUUGUACAAUUAUUAAUUUUAUAUUGUUUUUAUUUUAAUGUAUAUUCCUUCCUGUUCAAAAGAUUUUUUUAAGAAGGAAUUGAAGUGGAUGCCAGUUAAAACAAGAAUAUAAAAAGUAUAUUAAGUUGUGAUCAUAGCUAAAUUUAAUUUUAAUAUAUUUGUUUAAGAUUUAAAGAGUUCAGUUGAAAAGAGUUUAGAGUAACAAUCGAUACUAGGCUUGUGGUCUAAAAAUAAAUCCCUUGAAUAGAAAAUAAUUAAAAUACUGUUUAUUAGUUUUCCAAUUUAUUAAUAUAUACCUACAGUGUGUCCCAGGUUUUAGUAGCAGGACUUUACUAGCG